UGCCAAGAGGCUCAAAAAAUCCACCUUCACUUUUCAGUCAGAAGAGGCAGAAGUGGAUGUGAGAGACAGACACACACAGAGACACAGAGAGCGAAAGAGGGCAAGAGACUUGACUUUAAGAGACUCCUGCACUGACAACUCCAUGCAGUUCGGAACAAGAACGGCAGCGACCGACUCUGGUUUCAUGGGGACAUGGCAGAACACUGACACUAACCUCUUAUUCAGAAUGUCCCAACAGGCCAUCCGCUGUACACUGGUAAAUUGCACAUGUGAAUGUUUUCAGCCAGGGAAGAUUAACCUGAGAACCUGUGAUCAGUGUAAACAUGGCUGGGUGGCACAUGCCUUGGACAAACUUAGUACUCAGCACCUCUACCACCCAACCCAAGUGGAGAUUGUGCAGUCCAAUGUUGUGUUUGACAUCAGCAGCCUGAUGCUCUACGGUACUCAGGCUGUGCCUGUGAGACUGAAGAUACUGCUUGACCGACUCUUCAGUGUACUGAAGCAAGAGGAGGUGCUGCAUAUUCUACAUGGCUUAGGCUGGACACUUCGAGACUAUGUUCGAGGCUACAUUCUUCAGGAUGCUGCAGGCAAGGUGCUGGACCGCUGGGCCAUCAUGUCCAGGGAAGAAGAGAUCAUUACCCUUCAGCAGUUCCUGAGAUUUGGAGAAACGAAAUCUAUCGUGGAGCUGAUGGCAAUUCAAGAAAAAGAAGGGCAGGCUGUGGCUGUGCCAUCUUCAAAGACAGAUUCAGAUAUAAGGACUUUUAUUGAAAGCAAUAAUCGCACCAGGAGCCCAAGUCUCCUUGCUCACCUGGAGAAUAGCAACCCUUCAAGCAUUCAUCAUUUUGAAAACAUCCCGAAUAGCCUUGCAUUCCUGCUUCCAUUCCAAUACAUAAAUCCAGUCUCUGCUCCACUGCUGGGGCUGCCUCCAAAUGGCCUCCUGCUGGAACAGCCAGCAAUGAGGCUCCGUGAACCAAGCCUUACAACCCAAAAUGAAUAUAAUGAGAGCAGUGAAUCUGAAGUUUCCCCUACGCCUUUCAAGAAUGAGCAAGCAUCCAGCAGGAAUGCUUUGACCAGUAUCACAAAUGUGGAGCCCAAAACUGAGCCGGCCUGUGUCUCUCCUGUUCAAACACCUACACCAGUCAAUGACUUAUCGAAAACUGAGCACACAAAAAGCUCAUUCCGAAUUCACAGAAUGAGGAGAAUGGGGUCAGCCUCAAGGAAAGGAAGAGUGUUUUGCAAUGCAUGUGGCAAAACAUUCUAUGACAAAGGUACUCUUAAAAUCCACUACAAUGCUGUGCACCUGAAAAUCAAGCAUCGAUGCACUAUUGAAGGCUGCAAUAUGGUCUUCAGCUCUCUUAGAAGCCGCAAUCGCCACAGUGCUAACCCAAAUCCUCGCCUCCACAUGCCUAUGCUAAGGAAUAACCGUGACAAAGAUCUAAUUCGCGCUACAUCAGGUGCUGCCACUCCUGUCAUAGCAAGUACAAAAUCCAACCUCACUUUAACAAGCCCUGGACGUCCACCGAUGGGGUUUACCACUCCCCCUCUAGACCCGGUACUACAGAACCCUCUUCCCAGUCAGCUGGUCUUCCCAGCUUUAAAGACUGUUCAACCUGUUCCUCCUUUUUACAGAAAUUUACUUACUCCUGGAGAGAUGGUGAGUCCUCCAACCUCACUCCCAACCAGUCCCAUAAUACCAGCUGUGAGUGGCAUGGAGCAGCAUCCCCCUCCUCCUUCGGAGUCAUCGGUACCUUCAGUGUUGAUGCCCACCCCAGAGCCCAAUGCAGACCUUGCCCCCAAGAAGAAGCCAAGGAAGUCAAGCAUGCCAGUUAAAAUUGAAAAGGAAGUUAUUGACACUGCUGAUGAGUUUGACGAUGAAGAUGAAGAGGUGAAUGACAGGAGCACAAUGGUGAAUGACAUUGGUCAUGACAAUCACUGCCAUUCUCAGGAGGAAAUGAGCCCAGGCCUGUCUGUGAAAGACUUUUCCAAAAGUGACAGAAACAGAUGUAUGUCCAGACCAGACAUAAGAAGGGCAGACAGCAUGACAUCAGAAGACCAGGAGCAUGAAAGAGAUUAUGAAAAUGAGUCAGAGUCAUCAGAGCCCAAAUUGUGUGAAGAAUCACUGGAGGGUGAUGAUCGCCUCCAUGAACCUGGUGAAAAAUCUAUGAUGCACAGUGACCGACCAGAUGAAAACCACAAUGACUCUUCCAACCAGGAUGUCAUUAAGGUGAAGGAAGAGUAUACAGACCCUACAUACGAUAUGUUCUAUAUGAGCCAAUAUGGACUGUACAAUGGAAGCAGUGCCAGUAUGGCUGCUCUUCAUGAAAGUUUUGCUUCGACAUUCAACUACAGCAGCCCUCAGAAGUUCUCCCCAGAAGGUGAAAUGUGCUCCAGCCCAGACCCCAAGAUCUGCUAUGUUUGCAAGAAAAGUUUCAAGAGUUCCUACAGUGUGAAGCUUCACUACCGAAACGUUCAUUUAAAAGAGAUGCAUGUCUGCACAGUGGCUGGCUGUAAUGCUGCGUUCCCAUCACGGAGAAGCAGAGACAGACACAGUGCUAACAUAAACCUGCACCGUAAACUGUUGACCAAAGAACUGGAUGACAUGGGCUUGGACACUUCACAGCCUUCUCUUAGUAAGGACCUCCGCGAUGAAUUUUUGGUGAAGAUAUAUGGCGCUCAGCAUCAGAUGGGGCUUGACUUAAGGGAAGACACCUCCUCGCCUGCUGGUACUGAGGAUUCCCACAUGAAUGGGUACGGCAGGGGCAUGGCAGAAGACUAUAUGGUACUAGACUUGAGCACCACCUCCAGCAUCCAGUCCAGCAGCAGUAUCCAUUCCUCAAGAGAAUCUGACGCAGGAAGCGAUGAGGGUAUUCUCCUGGACGACGUCGAUGGGGCAAGUGACAGCGGGGAAUCUGCCCACAAAGCAGAUGCCCCUGCCUUAGCUGUAGGUAUGGGCACCAAUGUCCCAGGAUCCCUCAUGUUCAACAGCGUUUCGGUGAGCAACGGUGGGAUAAUGUGUAACAUUUGCCACAAAAUGUACAGCAACAAGGGAACCCUCAGAGUGCACUAUAAAACAGUGCACUUGCGAGAAAUGCACAAGUGCAAAGUCCCUGGGUGCAACAUGAUGUUCUCCUCUGUCCGUAGCCGAAACCGGCACAGCCAGAACCCCAAUCUGCAUAAAAACAUUCCUUUCACGUCAGUAGAUUAGGUCACGGAUGGACACAGCAUAAUGCCAGCUCUCAGAGAGGGCCCACUACAUCUGAACUGCCAUAUACAGUCUCCCUUUAUAUAUAUAUAU